UCCAUCUCCUUCGUUCAAAGUAACAUGGAGGUUGUGCUGUGAAAUUAGUAGCGAAGUAUAUUUUUCUUUGUUUACGUGUCGAAUCUGUCGAACUAUAAAAAGCGUACGGAAUAUAGAGAUAUAUUUUUGGCGAUUUAUGGAUUUAAGUCAGAGAAAACUAUAUAUAGAGUCAUUGUUGUCUAGUAAGCGUUAAAAUGAAUAACGGUGAGAUAGGUGGUGGGCCCAGAGGCAGAGGCCGCGGAUGGCAGCAAUCCGAUAAUCAACCACGGGAGCUUCGUAGGCCAAGGAUUGUUGCUGAGGAAUCUAAAGGUAUUGAAAAUCCUCCUAAAUCAAACCUCUCGGCUGAUGCUAAGGAAUGGUAUCCACCCAACUACACUGCGCAUGCAGUACCCACAUAUACCCCAGAUCCGGCGCCGUACAGGCUACACCGGUUUUCGGUGCAGGACCGUCUUCGUCAAGCUCAAGACCAAGACCCCUACAGAUUAGAGGAAAUGUCAUACUCUCUUGAGGAAGCCGAAAACAUGGAAUUAAGGUCUGCCGUUCCACAGGAGAACAUAGCAAACUUGAUAACAGUGAUGUGUGAGAUAACAUUUGAUCCUGGCAAGUUUGAUACCUUGUGCGGCCCAUUGGUUGAUGCGUUUGCCACCACGCUACAUGAUGUCAGCUAUACUAGGCCUCUAGUUGAAGCUAUAGUGAAUCAGUCGAUAGCUGAGCCGAACUUCCGUUACAAUGGUGCGCGUCUCUGCUCGAUGUACGAUUCCGUAUCGCCACCUGAGGAAUCCACUUUCCGUGCGUGUUUGUUGGAGCGGUGCUCAACUGAAGAGAACAAGAUCAUCAGCGGUCUGGAGACUUCGGAGGAGAACAUGCGUGGCUUCGCCAUGUUCCUAGCCGAGAUUUAUACCCAACUGGAAGAUAGCCAGGGAGGAAGAAUCAAAACUCUAGGUGAAAGUCUGUGCAAAGUGCUGCUCCAUUUACUGGACACCGACAAGGAAGUCAACAUCAAAGCUGUUUGUCAACUAUUGAAAUUGUCGGGCAUAGCGUUGGACGCAGACUGCCCGGCGGGCAUGCACGCGGCCUUCGAGCGGCUGAAGCGGCGCUCGCAGCUGGCGUGCGUGCGCGGCGUGGUGGCGCUGCGGGCCGCGCGCUGGGGCACCGCCGAGCCCGAGCCCGCGCCGCAGCCGCCGCCGCCGCAGGACCCGCGCCGCCGACACAACUACGCCGCAAUGAACGGUGAAAUGGAAAGCGGUCCGAGCGAUGGCGGCUACCUGGCCGACGGACAUACGUUGACGGCAGAGGAGCGCGCCUUCCUCCAGAGCAACCUGCCGCCUGGCAAGAACGUCGCCCUCGACGAAGACAUACUUGAGGAGCUAGAGAACGACGCGUGGGACACCGGCAUGGACGCGGAGAUGCAGGCCGGCUUCCUUGAGUUCCUCAAGAUGUCCAAUCAAAUCAAACGAUAACCGCACGUUGCGACGCGCCCCUUCCCUCGCGGGGCACAGACCAAACUGCGUCUACUAUGCUAGGACAAUGGUGAAAAACUAUAAAAAAAAUAUAAAAUAUAUAAAACUAUAAAAAAGAUUUAAUGGGAGCGAUCAACCGACGAUUUAAAUAUGAGUUUGAUCUUAAGACCUUAGCGCAUAUCACAGCAUCGAGUCGCCGACAGCGGCGUGUCGCGUGUUAGGUGUCCGCUUGACGAGAUGAUAUGCCGACUGUUAACUAGCAUCUUAAUUAACAGUUUCCACCUUAUCUACUUAAAGGACAACACCAAGUUUACUUUUAGGUGCUCCAUCUUAGUGGUUUAAGUAUCAGGAUAUGUACCGACUUAAAGCUUUUAAUUUUAGAUUUCAUAUGCUUUUAUGUAUGACCAAAAUAGGAUACUUUCAGUAUAAACAACAUCUUAUAUUUUUAGUGUGAUAUUUUAUCUUUUGGUCUGUUGUUCCGGAGGGUCUAAUUGUGUUUACGUAUAAGUAAAAUAGUUUUGUUAUAAUUAAUUGUAUUACGUCUUAAAUUGCCCAGUUAACUUUUCAAUAUUAUACGUAAACACAUUUCAUUGACUUGCAUCAUGAAGGCUAAAUGUAAACAAGUGUAGGUAACUAAGUGUUUUAAUUAAUAAAAAAAGUAGUGUUGUUUUUCUUAUUGUUAAGCUGCAGAUAUAUUUUAUAUAUACUAGUUCCCACCACUAAAUUUGACGGCCAUAUUUUAGUCAUUUUUCUUGUUUACAUUUCGUCUCUCAUCUAAUGUUUAGUGAUCUCAUGAUUUCUCCAUUUAUUUUUUUCUAUUUCAGUACAUAGGAAAAAACAUUGCAUUAAUUUUGGGGUUUCUUCACAUUUACUUACAAAAUACAGAAAAUGUCGAAACAAACCUAAGUAUAAUAAAUAAACCUUCUGUGUGCAAAGAAUAAGGCUAAAUACUUCCAUUCCAUUGAAAACAAUGCCCACUGGAGAAAAAUGUUACAUAAUAAUAUUGCAUAAGUUAGAAGGCUGAAAAUUUUUUAUUUACUUAAAUGACAUUAUGUCCAUUUUACUGAUGAAUUAAUUAUUGUAAUAAUUGUUAUAAUUAAUUGAUGAGGUGUACCAUUAAAUGACAAAUUUAAUUUCUUUAUAACUUUCUUUGGCACAAAUCUGGUUAAGAUACCAUUAUGUUCACAAUUUAAGUGCAAUCAUUUGAAGUUGUUUGCGUUUUACUCAACUUUGCGUCGUUAUUACUCUUUAAUAGUACAUAAGUUACAGUAGGAACAUCUUGAAGAGCAUUUAGUUGUUCUACCGAUACUUCCAGUUGCAUUUUCUCAUGACUCGAACGGUUUGUCGAUGUUCACUCGAACAAUAUGUUUUGCCAAAUUCGUUACACUUGUGUCGUGUGUUGUGAAUAUAUUUGCCUAUUUCAAAUGAGUGAGACGGCGUGACAGUUGCCUUGUAUGAAAUGGAUUUUAGCCAAUGACCUAAUUGCUGUUCGAUAGACUAAAGUGUUCUAUAAUAGCGCUAAUAACAAU